AUGACUGCCAGCGUUCAACCUUCCGUCUUACCACAUGCAAGCGCAAACAAAUUCGGGAUUUUUGGGUAACGAAUUGCAAAAUUUCCUUUUUUUUCUCGUUAAUUUUACAUUAUAGAAAAUCAAUAAAAUUAAAAAAUUCAUCCCAAAAAAGUUUUUUAGCAUUCAAAACUCUCUGUUUGAGGUGGCAUCCGAAAAGCUUACAAUGGCUUUGUUAUUUUCGUCCUUUUAUGGCGUUUGUUUGUGCCAAUGCUUUUCUUCAAGGCGCAAUUGUGAAUGGGCUGGUCUCUACGAGUAUAAGUUCUAUUGAAAAAAGGUAGUUCUUCCAAAAUGAAAUCUGCUUAUCUCAAUUUUGAGGUUCAAUUUGACAUCAACACAAUCCGGCACCUUUGCCGCAACAUACGAUGUAUUUGUUACUAUUAUGUUAUUACCAUUAGCUUUAUAUACGGCUAAAGGUUGAAAAUAGUUCUAUUAUUUCUGUUUUUAUUUUUUGACUUUUCAGUAAAUAAAGUCCGAGCGAUUGGCUGGGGAAUGAUUUUUGUUGGUAUAGGCGGCGUUUUGAUUGUUGUUCCACAGUUUAUGGACGGUCACUAUGAGGUAGGUGGUUUGAACGCUACGUUGACCAGGUGGGGAAUCACCUUUCUGCGAAAAUCCCGCAUUCUGAACUUUUCGCCCCCGCCGAAAGCUUUUAAAAUUUGAAAGAAAAAGGAAAGAAGUUUUGCCAGAGAAAAUUUUACUUCUUGCUCACUGUUAACAUCAUUAAACGCAAUCCUGCUCGAGUCCGGCCCAGCUUUUCAGGUCAUGGCAAAUGCAGUAGAGUAUUAAAAAUAUAAAACUUUCUAUUCUUGAAAAAUAAAAAUCUCAAACGGAUUCCGGAGAAAAUCCAUUUUAUGGUAUUCAGGUGGGUGAUCUCAAGCCGACGGUCUGCUCAUCAUCAACAGUCGACACUCCCAAAUGUGAAACUUCUACUCCGCUCAUCUCUGGGUUCAUUUUAUUUUCCUUCCUAAUAUAAUUCCUUGUUGAGAUCUGAAAAUUUUUUGUCGUCAUUCUACCUCUUUUCGAGUUUCUCUGACUGCGCUCUUAUUUUUAUGUUCUCACAGUUUUCUGAGCUCUGCGCGUGAAAGAUAAAGUUGAAAAGUUACAGACCGUAUUUCUUUCUAUUGCUCUCUCAAGCUUUCAUUGGGAUUGGAGCUUCUCCACUUUUUACUUAUGGAUACACGUGUAUUGACGAAUUUGACAGUCACAAAAAAACUGGACGUAACAUGGGUCAGUUUCUCUCAAAAGAUGAAAACAAGCUAGCUCGAUUUCAGGUAUAUACAUGUCCUUCUCCACAGUGGGACCUGCCCUUGCGUUUAUAGCUGGAGGUGCUUCGUUGAAGAUUUGGGGAGAUAUUGGAAGAACAACUCCAGAAAGGUUAUUUUCCUGUUUCUAUUCUUCUCAUUCUUUUUUUCAGUGUGGGGAUAAUAGGUAGAUCCGACCCGCGAUGGUACGGAGCUUGGUGGUUAGGGUUUCUGGUUUGCGGGCUUCUAGCUUUCGUUACUGCAAUACCACUCACUAUGUUUCCCGAAAAGCUUAAUGGUUUCAAAAAAGAAAUUUCCUAACUAUUUUUUUCUUUAGACACCGAUGCUCGAAAGAAAAGUGAUGUGACACAGACUCAUUUGAAGCUCAACAAAGAUUUUUCAAACGAGAAAUACGCUUUCAUGAAAAUUUUAUUGGUAGGCUGUUUUGAAUUAUUUAUCUUGUAAGUUUUGUCAGAAAGAAGCCUUUUGAGCUUCCAUUGAAGCCAACUUUUGUCAUACAUAGGUUGCGCAAGUUACAAGUUUAUUCAGUCAUCAGAUAAGAGUCUUGGCUGAAUCUUUGAAUAAAUAACGAAGUGAUCGUCGAUUUGCGAGUUCGCGUUGACUAAAAAUUGCUCGUCGAUCAUUUUUUUUCUUCAAAUAGUGAAAUUAGAAAGUUGAGUCCUUCGACGAUCUGCUGUGUCUCCAUGUCACGCAAAAAAAAUUAUUCCGAAAAAAGACGACAUAUCUUCUCCAUUUUUCAUUUCUUACAAGUUUUUUUCCUGUAGAAGAAACAUUUUUUCAACGUUUCAGAUGUUUCUAACCUCUCCAACCGUGAUGGCGAUUAUCGGAAUGCAAACAUUGGAAAGCAUGGUGAUGAACGGCUACAUUACUUUCGUCCCUAAACUUCUCGAAACUCUUUUUGGCUUUUCUUCCGGAAACGCCAGUGUUGUGACAGGUUUGACGGUUGGAAUCCUAUUGGAUCGAACUUCUCUUCCAUACAGGAGCAAUUGUUGUGCCUAUGGGAGUUAUCGGAAGUGUUCUUGGUGGGAUAAUCAGCAAGCGGUUAAAAAACGACUUCAGGUUCAUUCGAAAAGUAAAAAUUCAAAACAGCUAUUUUCAGAAAAUCCAUGUUUUCUGUAAUGAUUCUGACUCUCGUGACUGCCGCUGCAAGCGCUUGUUUAUUAAUUCGGUGCAAUGAAGCUGCCGUAGCUGGAAUCACCGCGGAUUUGUCCACUUUGAACAACAGAAGCAGGUUGAAACCGUCGAAGUUUAAUAUUCAACUGGAUCAACAUUUUCAGAAGUGUGGUAGACAGCUGCAACUCAGAUUGCUCCUGUGAGAACAUUUUCGAGCCGGUUUGCUCAGUGGAAAUGAAUGUGAACUUUUUGUCACCUUGCCAUGCAGGUUGUCGUACAAACGUAGUGAGUGUCCUUAAAAAUGUCUCCUUAUAAAAAUAAAUAUUCAGAUUGGAGCCGCAGAAUGGGAAGGAUGUACCUGUUCUGGAUAUCAAGAAAAAGUCAGCAAUGGAUGGUGCUCUGUGGACUGUCAACCACAAAUGGUUGAUUUGGAAGGAUGCAGAUUUUCAACUUAGAUUUUCAGAUUAUUUUUUUCAGUCUUUUCGCGCUAAUGGCUGUGACCAUUUUUGCGUGUGCGCCGUUGAUGCAAAGUGCAUCUUUCCGGUUUUCUGAGUUCUUUUCUUUACUGAUAAUCAAUCAACUUUAGAGUAGUGCAUUUCAAUCAUCGAGAUCAGUUUGUCUGCUUUGGUUGGCUUUUCAUGAGAGUUCUUGGUGAAUUUUUGCGUGAGAGAUUUUAAUUAACCGCCGACUUAAUUCAGGAUCUAUACCUGGAGCAAUUCUCUUCGGACACAUCAUUGACCGCAACUGUCUUUUCUGGCAGAAAGACUGUGACGGGGAGAAAUGCCAGCUUUACAAUGCCAAGGACCUUGGUUUCAGCUUUUCCGCUCUAAGUGGAUCAAAAAAUUUGAACCUUUCAAAAAAAAAAUUUUUCAGCGAUAGCCAUCAAGUUACUUUGUGUUGCGAUGUUAUCGAUAGCUUAUUUUUCCUAUAGAAAAAUUGAGAACGACGCAACGGAAAAAGAGCAAUCUUUGGAAGAAAAAAAUAAAUUUGAGCUGGACAAGGUGAGCGGUGGAGAAUUUAUACUUUUAAGAAGAUUUUUUGCAGAAACUCACUGGAGGGAUCUCUGUUGCGAACACGAUGGUCUAUUGA